CAAUCGGCUUCACAAAGGGGCGUGGCCUCUGAGUUACCUGUGACGAACAAGACGCCUGCUCGCGCUGAGUAGAUGAUGCUGAAAUCAGAUCGAUGACCAAACACAGGUGUUAAGCGCGAGGGUGAACAAAACGGCUUCGUCUUUGCGCCACCCUCAGGAAAAAAUAACGCGUGUACCUGCUGUCAUACACUAGGAUGGCUGCUGACUCCACCAUGAGAUCUGAAGCGGAGGAGCUGCAGAGGAGGGCCAAUCAGGUGACAGAUGAGUCCCUUGAGAUCACUAGAAACAUGAGGCUUCUGCUGGAGGAGAGUAAAGAUGCAGGGAUCAGGACACUUGUUAUGCUGGAUGAGCAAGGAGAACAACUGGACCGCAUAGAAGAGGGCCUGGAUCACAUCAACAAGGACAUGAAGGAGGCUGAGAAAAAUCUCACUGACAUGGCCAGGUGUUGCGGUCUGUGCAUCUGGCCGUGUACAAAACUAAAGGACUUUGAAGCAAGUGGGGCGUAUAAGAAGGUUUGGGGUAAUCAAGAUGGGGUGGUGUCUAGCCAGCCCUCUUCCCGAGUCAUGGAUGAGAGAGAGAAGAUGACCAUGAGUGGUGGAUAUAUUAGAAGAGUGACUAAUGAUGCAUUGGAGGAUGAAAUGGAGGAAAACUUGGCACAGGUUGGCAGUAUCCUUGGCAACCUCAGAAGCAUGGCACUUGACAUGGGCAAUGAAAUCGACACUCAGAACGUCCAGAUUGAACGCAUUCAGAGCAAGGCCAUGGUCAAUGAGUCCCGCAUCAAUGAGGCCAAUCAGAGGGCCACAAAGCUAAUAACAAGAUAGAAACAUGGGAUUUUUUUUUAAACGUUUACAGUCUUCUAGGAAAAUGUGUGCACAUGUUGAUACAAAUGAUUAAUCUUUUAAAUGACUAUUUACAGAACUUGGAUUAUUGCCUACUGAUGUGACAGUAUAUUAUUAUUAUUAUAUGUUCCAACAACAGCUCUUAAAUUGAAUGAAUAAUAUACUGUCUCUAGUCUGUGCUGUAAUUGUAAUUUAAGCAUGUAUUGUACAGUAUAGGUUAUAACAACAUCUUUUAGACAGCUAUCUUUGUUCUUUUAAGCCUGCAGAACAGUUUUCAUAGCUAAUAAAAGCUCACUAUUAAGACAAAGCAGUGUCUUAAAGCUGUAUUGGUAAAUGUAAUUUGUUUGUCUAGAUUAAGUAGCUUUUUUAAAAAUCUAGUUUAAAAGGUCAAGGGUUUGUUUCAUGAUGGACAAUUUUUUUUUCUGCUAUACAUGGGCCACUUGCUUAGGGUCUUCUGUCUGUCUUUUAUUAUUUUAUUUUCAAAAUAAAACUAAAUUUAUAUUUU